GGUUUCCCCUCGGCGCGUGCGCACGCGCGGGGCGGCCCGCGACGUCAUUCACUGUCACGGAAGUCUGCGCGGACGGUUGGAAGCCGGUGCCGGAGCGGGAAUCGCAGCGCCUCCGCCGUCUGGGCUGGGUCGCCGCUCGCCCCACCGCCGGCCGUGAUGGGUUUCGGGCCCUGAGCGCCCGCCCGCCCGCCUUUCCACAGCGCCGCCCGCCGCGAUGGAGCCGCCGCCCACCGAGGGCGCCCCGCCGGCGGCCGUGGCCGAGGUGCGCUGCCCGGGCCCCGGGCCGCUGCGCCUGCUCGAGUGGAGGGUGGCGGCGGGCGCGGCCGUGCGCAUCGGCUCCGUGCUGGCCGUGUGCGAGGCCGCCGCCUCCGCGCAGCCCACGGGGCUCGCCUCUGCUCGCGCUGAGCGCAGGCUGAGGUCGGAGCGCGCCGGCGUGGUGCGGGAGCUGUGUGCGCAGCCGGGCCAGGUGGUGGCCCCCGGAGCAGUGCUGGCUCGAUUGGAAGGAUGCAGCCACCCCGUUGUCAUGAAAGGCUUGUGUGCCGAGUGUGGCCAAGACCUGACCCAGUUGCAGAGCAAGAACGGGAAACAGCAACUGCCGCUGUCCACGGCCACCGUGUCGAUGGUACACAGUGUUCCCGAGCUGAUGGUGAGCUCCGAGCAAGCGGAGGAACUAGGCCGGGAAGACCAGCAGCGCCUGCAUCGGAACAGAAAGCUGGUGCUCAUGGUGGACCUGGACCAGACCCUGAUCCACACGACCGAGCAGCACUGCCCGCAGAUGUCCAACAAGGGCAUCUUUCACUUCCAGCUGGGCCGAGGUGAGCCGAUGCUGCACACACGUCUGCGUCCACACUGCAGGGAGUUUCUGGAAAAGACCGCCAGGCUGUACGAGCUACACGUCUUCACCUUCGGCAGCCGGCUGUAUGCGCACACCAUUGCAGGUUUUUUAGACCCGGAGAAGAAGCUUUUUUCUCACCGAAUACUGUCAAGGGAUGAAUGUAUCGACCCGUUUUCUAAGACGGGCAACCUCAGAAAUCUCUUUCCUUGUGGAGACUCGAUGGUUUGCAUUAUCGAUGACCGAGAAGAUGUCUGGAAGUUUGCCCCCAAUCUGAUCACCGUGAAGAAGUAUGUUUACUUCCAGGGCAUAGGGGACAUCAACGCCCCCUCUGGGCCCCGGGAGCCUCAGGCAAGGAGGAAAGGUGCCGAUGUCACAGAACAAGCUCCAUCUGUCAAGGACCCCGAGGAAGGAAGGCAGAUUUCUGGGCUGGAGCAGAGUAACGGCCCUGGGAAGCCUGCAAAAGAGCUCAAUGGGGGUGCUUCUCCGCGGGGGGAAUGGCCCUGGCCUGGUCAGGAGGAUGAAACAGACACCCAGCUCGCCACCCAUGCCCCCGCAGCCGAAGGGAGGGGGCCCCCGGUGUGCGGUCAGCAGCAUGGGCGGACGUUGCUAGAAAAGCGGCCUGCUCAGGGCCCAGUGGGCAGUGGCCUGGACUUUGACCUGUCCAGUGACAGUGAGAGCAGCAGCGAGUCGGAGGGUCGGUCCUCUGCUGCCUCCGAUGGCGAAGGUGUGGAGGAGAGGAGCCGGAGAAGGCCGAGGCGGGUCACACAGCCGGGGGGCCUCCCGGGGGCCCUCCCGGGCCCCGCAGGGGAGAGGCCUGCAGGGGCGAGUCAGUGUGGAGAGUCUGCGGCCAGCGCCCCCCUGGACUCGCAGGAGGACAGCGAGCGCGACAGUCUGUGUGGGUUGGGGGGCGGCUGUGCGGACAGGAAGGAGGCCGAGACGGAGUCCCAGAACAGCGAGCAGUCGGGCAUCACAGGAGGGGAGUCCCUGGACCAGAGUGUCGGGGAGGAGGAGGAGGAGGAGGACGCCGACGCCGACGACCACCUGGUCUACCUGGAGGAGAUCCUGGCCCGCGUGCACUCGGACUACUACACCAGGUACGACCGGUUCCUCCGCGGGGACACCCCAGAAAUCCCCGACAUCCGCAAGAUCGUCCCGGAGCUCAAGAGCCAAGUGUUGGCGGAUGUCGCCAUAAUAUUCAGUGGGCUGCACCCCACAAACUUCCCGGUGGAGAAGACCCGGGAGCACUACCACGCCACGGCCCUGGGAGCCAGGGUCCUCACCCAGCUCGUGCCGGACCCCAACGCCCCCGACAAGGCCACCCACCUGAUCGCCGCACGGGCUGGCACAGAGAAGGUGCGCCAGGCCCAGGAGAGUGGGCAGCUGCACGUGGUGAACCCCGACUGGCUGUGGAGCUGCCUCGAGCGCUGGGACAGGGUGGAGGAGCAGCUCUUCCCACUUAGAGACGACUACGGCAGAGCGCAGAGGGAGGACGGCCCCGCAGCCUUUCCCGACAGGCAGGGAGCCCUUCCGACCGCCCUGUUCCAUCUGAUGCCUGUCCGUCCCAGGGCCCAGGCUGGCCCUGAAGUCCGGAUCUACGACGCCAACACGGGCAAGCUCAUCCGGAAGGGCGCUGUGGGCCCCGGGCCCCCCAGCCCCCUGCCCUCCCCCGCAGAGCUCUCCUCCUUCAGAGCUGUUCAGCCACAUCAGCAGCAGAUGUUUGCUGAAGAGUCGCCGGAUCGUCAAGACGGAGAGCAGCCCGGUCCUUCUAGAAGAAAGCGACAGCCCAGCAUGUCAGAGACAAUGCCGCUGUACACACUGUGUAAGGAGGACUUAGAGAGUAUGGACAAAGAGGUGGACGACAUCCUUGGAGAAGGCAGCGAUGACAGCGACAGUGAGAGGAAGCAGCCAGAGGAAGCGGAGCCCAAGGCCGUGGGGGCCCAGGCGGGGCACAGCCUCCAGUCAGCUCCAGCCAGCGAGAGGAACCCGGCAGCCAGCUGCGGGCCCAGAGGCCACAAGAGAAAGCUGAAUGAAGACGCUGCCAGCGAGUCCAGCAGGGAGUCCAGCUGUGAGGACGAGGAGGGCAGCAGCUCAGAGGCCGAUGAGAUGGCUGCAGCCCUGGAGGCCGAGCUCAGCGACCUCAUGUGACCUCGGGAGGCCACGGGGCCACCACACAGAUCACCUUCCCUCCGUGCAGCUCUCCACUUCCCCGCACCGCCCCUCAGAUGGGGUUUCCUUUUCUUCAGGACAACGUGUAUAUUUUGCAGAGCUCCACAUACAGAAACAUUUUUUUGCAGAAAUAGGUGUUUUUAGAAGUUUUACUACAGGAAAAAGUCUAUGUUUUUAAGCAACAGAGUGUUACAGGGGAAGCCGUGCACCAUGCCAAAGAUCCUCGUUGAGCUCAGCAGAGCCGCACAGCAGGACUGGAGUUUGCAGUUUGUUGUGUAGUAAGGGUACUCUUGGGCGCAGGGGUGGUUUCCCUUUAAAUUCCACCACAUAUUAUUUCAGGUGAAGACGCUGGGGAAUCCAACAAGACCUGGAAGGUGACGUAGCGAGAACCUGGCUUCUCGUCAUGCUUUUCCACAGCCCAAGUUACCAGAAAAUACGGAAGGAUUUUUACGAGACAGCGUGUUCGAGUGUGCGCAGAACCCAAGGAUGGCUUGGCUGGGCCCGGUGAGCCCCCGCCGCCUUGCCCCUCGGGCUUGGUGAGGGCCGGGGCACUUCUGAGCAGUGCUGUGAUACCCGGGUCCCUGGAGCUCUCUGCUGACCAGGUUCCCAGGGCCGGGUCCACACCACCUGGACCGCCUCCCUGAUGGGCCCCACCUUCUGGGGAGCCUUUCACUCCUGAGAAGCCUGCUGUAAAGGUUUUGUAUAUUUCAUAUCUGACCCAUCAAACAGAUUUUCUUUCAUUUAAUAAAAAUCUCUUUCGUAAGCUC